GGUCAAAAUCCGCGAACGUCAUUUCCCCCAAAAUUUCUAUGGAUUUUCUCUCCAUUCCUAAACUUAAUCUUCAACCUAACGUGGCUCUUCCUGAUCAAACCCACUCCGAUUCUCCUUCUCCGGUACCGUCUGUCCCAUCCCUCCGCCGCGACGAUCUCCCCAACACCAUGGAUUUCAACCCCUUUGCCGCUAUCUCCUCCAUCGUCACAUCUGCCGACGAUUCCUUCCCUUUCGACACCGAUUGGUUUUCCGACGCGGAUUCCGAGUCCGAGCGUGAUGUUAGUUGCUUCGUGACUGAUCUUUUUGAGAAUCGUCGCUUCACCGAUCAUUUGCACGCUUUCAGCGAUUACGAUCGAGGUCUGGAUUCUGGGCCAGACCCAUUUACGCAUUCUGCUAACGACUUGGGCAUUUCGGGAUUUGAAGAUACCGGUGAGAUUGAAUCUCACUAUAUUGAGGAGCUGUGGUCGGCUUUCGCUAUGGAAUCUGAUAGCCGGGUUUCGGAGGUGGAUGUGAACAUGCCAGUUGCGGAUUCGACUACUAGUGGCCUUCGGAUUGUUGAUGUGGAUUCGGACUCGGAGUCUGAUAACGGGAUGAUUGGUGCUCUGCAACUCGUGACAGGGGAUGAUGGCGAGAAUGAUGCUAAUUGGGUUGAAAAUCCGAAUCCUCUCUCGGAUAGCUUCAGCUUUUGUUUUCAGGGCCAGAGGAUUCCGUACGAGGAUUUUGAAUGGGAGGAGGUCGAGGAACGGGUGGACGAAAGGGAUAAUUUGAGCGCAGUGGUAGAUGGAGCUGAGGAAUUGUCUCUUGCAUCGGGUUUUUCCAACGAAGAAGAAUCGGGUGAAGAAGCGGGUCGAUGGGAAAUCCUAUUGGUAAUGAACGAUAUCGUAAGGAAUACGAACUGGGAACGGGAUAACGAUGCUGAGGCGUACAUAGCGGACCAGGAUGAUUACAUGUAUGCAGGAGAAUACGAUACCCUUUUUGGACAAUUCGUUGAAAAUGAGAAUGCUUUGAAGGGUAGUCCUCCAGCAGCUAAGAGUUCUGUGGAGAACCUUCCUCUGGUUGAGUUAAAAACAGAGAAUCUGCUGGCAGAGGAACUCGUUGCCUGUGCCGUUUGUAAGGAUAAAUUUUCAAUGGAGGAAAAGGUGAGGAAGCUCCCCUGUGCUCACUAUUACCAUGAUGAUUGCAUUCUGCCGUGGCUGAAUAUUCGAAACACAUGUCCUGUUUGUCGAUAUGAGCUGCCAACCGAUGAUCCAGAUUAUGAGCGCAGGAAGAGUCGGAGGGCGGGUGGUGGCCUGCAAACGGAUUUGCGGGUCAGGUCUUGUGGUAAGAUUUCUUUUAAAAGUUCUCCUCCUGGAACAACUAGCAUUGCUGUUGAUACGCUCAUCUUCACAGGUAUCCAUUGUUAUUCAAAUGCUUGGUAAGUUUUAGUCGCUAAUAGUAGGGGGAAACUAUACUAUCUUACCUUGUUGAAUUCAAUUUAGGAAUUAUAAAGUUUGAGACAAAGCAUACUAAGUGCUGAGCUUUGAAACUGUUUACUUGUGAAGUAUUAAAUUUGUAUAUUUAUAUGCUUAGAGUAUCCGUUGGUAGACUUUUUAAAAUAAGAAACUUCUGGCGUAAACUUUUGUGUGGCGCAAUUGCUUGAUUUUGGGUCAAAAUAAUUCUUGUAAGUUUGCUUAAUAGGCGUGGGAAGGAUGAUGCUUCUGUCAUCGUGUUCUGGUUAUUAGUACUUACUCAUCCGGUUAUUGGACAUAGAAAUCUUAGUGGAUAUGCUUUGGCCUUUCGAUUGUGUUUGGGAGUGUUUUCUCUCCUAGUAUAUUAAAAGUGCUUUGUCAAAUAAAAUCAUUUUCACUGUGCUUGGCAACGUGUGAAAAUUUUGUUUAUGGAUGAAGAAACGUUUAGUGGACACUUCUAAUCAUUCAUGAUAUUGGUUCAGAAUCGGGAUUCUAUUAAAUGAAAUCUUCGUUUUUGAGAAAAGAAGUAUCUUGAGAAAUGGCAUCCCGCUUAUUGAUUAUUGAAGUGUUGUGGUGUGAAUCAUACUUUUUUUUUUUCUUUGGAAUUAUUUUGGGUUUUUUGUUUAAAGAUUUUUAGAAAAGCAUUUCUUUUAUCAAACAAUCUUUGGAAGUCACAGACUUCUGAAUUCUGGUGUUAGCUAUUGUUACAUUUACUCGUGUGUUAUCUUAUUCUUCCCUUCUUUAAAAUCUCUCAGAAAUUGUCUUAUGAAAUAUUAUUCUGGUGUUUUUUAGUUUCCAUGAGUUGAAUCUCGGAUAACUUGAGCAGUAGAUACAAUGAUCGUCGUUUACUUUUAUGCCUUAUCAUAAUAUCCAUUGAUUAAUUGAUUUAGCUACUAAAAAAAGCCUGCAUUGCCUUCAUGGUCUAUAUGAUGUUUGCUGCUUCUUGAACACGAUAUAGACUAUGACAUUAACCCAAUGAGUUGUGUGCCUGUAUUUCUUUCAUGGUCUGUAUGCUGUUUGCUGCUGCUAGAAUGCAAUAUAGACUAUGACAUUAAACCGAGGGUGUGUUGUGCCUGCAUUUCUUUCAUGGUCUAUCUGAUGUUUUCUGCUACUAGGACGCGAUAUAGACUAUGACAUUAAAUCGAGGGUGUGUUGUGCCUGCAUUUCUUUCAUGGUCUAUCUGAUGCUUCUGCUACUAGAACGCGAUAUAGACUAUGACAUUAAACCGAGGUUGAGUUGUGCCUGCAUUUCGUUCAUGGUCUAUAUGAUGUUUGCUGCUGCCAGAACACGAUAAAGACUGACAUUUAAGGAUGAGCUGUAACAACUUCCAUGAUUUAUCCUCAUGUUCUGGAUCAGAAUUAUUCUCUCUUACUCACUUGUGAUUUGUGAAUCUGUGAUUGGUACUCUUGUUAUUAUCGUUGAGAACCAUAUUUGUUACCAUAUUCUUCUUAUCCAGGUUCCCCUUCCACCCAAGUUUUGAUUGAAUGAUUCAUUCGGUUGAGUGAAACUCUUUCUCCUGAAUUGGAAAUUGGAUUUGAAAUUAUUUUAGUGUUUA